CUUCUUCAACCCUCGAGCUGAUUUGCACAAUACGCGCGUCUCCCUCUCGCACUCCCAAGCCGGCUCCCAAAGUCCCCCAAGCCGUCUCCUCUCUCACGCAUCAUGCUCAACUUCCGCAGGAAGAAGUCGGCCGAGUCCGAGGCCUCGGCCCAGCAGGGCCCGGCCGCCGUCGACGCGCCCCGACAGCCGUUCCGAAAGGCCAUCGUGCCCGUCAUCGCCUGCGGCGCCGGUCUGUUCUCGGACGGAUACAUCAACAACGUCAUCGGAUCCGUCUCCACCGUGCUUGGCCUGCAGUAUGGCGAUCUGUACAAGGACUCGAACGCCAAGAAGUAUGUCAACGACAUCGCCUUUGCUGGCACCGUCGUGGGCAUGCUGGCUUUUGGAUGGCUUGCGGACCACUGGUCGCGCACCAACUCGCUGCUUAUCUCGACCAUCAUCUUGAUGGUGUUUACCGCCCUCGCUGCGGGCUCUUACUACAAGGGUGACGCCGUUGGCAUGUUCAACAUCCUCACCGCAUGGCGUUUCUUCGUCGGCAUCGGCAUCGGAGGCGAAUACCCCGCAGGCAGUGUCGGUGCAGCUGAGUCUACUGGCGAACUCAAGUCCGGCUCCAGAAACCUCUGGUUCAUCAUGUUCACCAAUACUAUGAUCGACUGGGGAUUCGUGAUUGGCGCCUUUGUCCCGUACGUAGUUGCCGCCGCCUGCCAAAACAGCCAUUACAGCACUAUCUGGCGCACCAGCUUGGGCAUCGGCGUCGUGUUCCCUAUCAUCCUGUUCAUCCUGCGUCUGUUCGUGAAGGAGCCCGAGGCUUCCACCAAGAACUCGAUGCGAUAUGCCAAGACACCCUACAUGCUGUCGUUCAAGAUGUACGGAUGGCGUUUAUUUAUUGUCUCUUUAAUUUGGUUUAUCUACGAUUUCUCAACCUACUCGUUUGGGAUUUACUCGUCCACGAUUCUGAGCAACAUCUACGGCGACACGGCCCCGCUGACUACGGUGUUUGGCUGGAACACGGUCAUCAACCUGUUCUACAUUCCCGGAACCAUGCUCGGCGCCCCGGCCUCCGACUGGCUUGGCCCGAGGUACGCGCUGGCUAUUGGUGUCUUCCUCCAAGCCAUCGUCGGAUUCAUCAUGGCUGGUGACUACUUCAACCUCUCGCAGCCCGGCAUGGUCGGCGGGUUCGUGGUCGUGUACGGCGUGUUCCUCGCCCUGGGCGAGUUCGGGCCCGGAAACAACAUCGGCCUCCUCGCCGCCAAGACAUGUGCUACCGGAAUUCGAGGCAAAUAUUACGGAAUCGCCGCUGCCAUCGGCAAAAUCGGCGCGUUCAUCGGUACCUGGGUAUUCCCAUACAUCAUAGCAGCCGGAGGCGACAAUGAGGUUGCCUCGGCCCAGUACCCCUUCUGGGUUUCCUCGUCGCUGUGCAUCUUGUCUGCCGGCCUCGUCCUGUUCUGCCUGCCGCACAUCGGCCAGGACACCAUCCAGCUCGAGGACGAACGCUUCCGCGCUUACCUGGAGGAGAACGGUUACGAUACUCGCCAGCUCGGUAUGAAGAAGGGUGACGUCUUUGAGAGCACUGACGCUGUGAUCCCGGUGGAGGGACUGGCUGAGACUGCGAAGGGUGAGAAGACCGCGGCUUGAGCUUGAGGUCGCCAUGGAGAUGAAAUUGCGUCUGAUGGUCACUUGACCGUGGUCCUGUUGGGGAGAGAAGAGUAAUAGAGUAAUGCCCUGGCUGCAAGAGCUAUGCCUAAUGUACCAGAAAACAAUUAAUCAGGAUUUUGC